AUGUGGGUUGUGUAUGUGUCAAACGUAUUAAAAGCUCCCGACGGGUGUCACACCGGUGUCCGCUGCGGGAUCCUGAGAUGCGUGAGAUCUGUUGCGUGCGAGCACAGCAGAAGAAGCCGGCCGUGGCAGAUCAGUUCCCCGUCGGCGCCGACACUGUGCGAGAUGUGCGAAUGUGUUGUUCUUCUCCUUCUCUUUCUUUGUUGGGCGGGCAGCAGGCAGGUGUGGCACGAGUUUGUGUUCCACGGGGCAAUCCGAGGUGCCCGUGCGCUGUGCUGUGCCGUGGUGGUGCCUUCUGGUAGUCCCGGAGAUGAUGCUGUGGUGUACUGCGUCUCCGCCCCCGUGCGUUACCCCUUCUGUGUGAUGAUCUCGCUAACUGAGUGUACCUUUUUCGAUGCGCGUUGCGCGGUGAAAUGA